AUGGCUCAGGGCACCGGGAGCAUCAACAGCGAGUACAAGGAUUGGGAAUGGAGCGCAGAUGCUGGGGAACGGGCCAGGCUCCUGCAAAGCCCCAGUGUGGAGACGGUGCCGAAGAGCGGAGAGAGCCAAGGAAACCGUCUGGGGGCCACGUCAGCUUUGGGAGCUGUCUUCAUCGUGGUCAAUGCUGCCCUCGGGGCUGGGCUGCUCAACUUUCCUGCUGCCUUCAGCAUGGCCGGUGGCGUGGCCGCGGGCAUUGCGCUGCAGAUGUGCAUGUUGAUCUUCAUCAUCGGAGGCUUGGUCAUCCUGGCGUACUGCUCGCAGGCCAGCAAUGAGCGGACCUACCAGGAGGUUGUGUGGGCCGUCUGUGGGAAGGUGCCUGGCGUGCUGUGUGAGGUGGCCAUCGCUGUCUACACCUUUGGCACCUGCAUCGCUUUCCUCAUCAUCAUCGGAGACCAGGAGGACAAGAUCAUUGCUGCUCUGGUGACAGAGCCUGAGGAAGCUGGGAGCAGCCGCUGGUACAUGGACCGCAAGUUCACCAUCAGCAUCACCGCUUUCCUCCUCAUCCUGCCCCUCUCCAUCCCCAAGGAGAUCGGCUUCCAAAAAUACGCCAGCUCCCUAAGCGUGAUUGGCACCUGGUAUGUCACAGCAGUCAUUAUCAUCAAGUACAUCUGGCCCGACAAGGAGCUCAUGCCUGUGGAGAUCCCCACCAGCCCCUCCACCUGGACGGCCGUCUUCAAUGCCGUGCCCACCAUCUGCUUUGGGUUCCAGUGCCACGUCAGCAGCGUGCCCGUCUUUAACAGCAUGAAGCAGCCGGAGGUGAAGACCUGGGGGGCGGUGGUGACGGCGGCCAUGGUGAUCGCUCUCUUCGUCUACACAGGCACUGGCGUCUGUGGCUUCCUGACCUUUGGAGCCGGCGUGGAGCAGGACGUCCUUCUGUCCUACCCCUCCAACGAUAUCCCUGUUGCCCUUGCCCGGGCCUUCAUCAUCCUCUGCGUGCUGACAUCCUACCCCAUCCUGCACUUCUGUGGCCGGGCUGUCUUGGAGGGUCUCUGGCUCCGCUACACUGGAGUGACGGUGGAGGAGGACGUGGUUCGGGAGCGGAGGAGGCGCCUGCUCCAGACCAUCAGCUGGUUCCUCCUGACCCUCCUCCUGGCUCUCUUCAUCCCUGACAUUGGCAAAGUCAUCUCUGUCAUCGGGGGCUUGGCCGCCUGCUUCAUCUUCAUCUUCCCAGGGCUCUGCCUGAUUCAAGCAAAGCUCUCUGAGAUCCAACAAACCAGGGCAAUCAGCUGGUGGGCCCAGGUCAGCUAUGGGGUGUUCAUGGUCACCCUUGGAGCCUUCAUCUUUGGACAGACCACUGCCAACGCCAUCUUUGUGGAUCUCACAGCCUGA